CAGAAAAUGGCCCAGGCCCUUGGUGACUGACCCCGAGAUGCCUCCAUGCCACGUGGCGGGCUCUCGGGGCGCCUGAGGAGAGGACCCCGGCAGGAUGAAGAAGAUCAGCCUAAAGACCUUCCGCAAGUCCUUCCACCUCAGCAAGAGCAAAGACGACGCAGACUUCAUGGUGGUGCCGGCGCCACCCACCCUCCCCGUGGACUUUGGCGCCAAGGACGAGCCCCUGUUCGGCGUCGGUGGCAGUGGCUACGGCAAGGAGCUGGCAGGCUGCGGCGAGGACGAGAAGGGCACCAAGGGCCGGCCCAAGGGCGAGGGCCUCAUGGGGACACUCAAGAGGCGCCUGUCAGCCAAGCAGAAGUCCAAGGCCAAGGGCGUGGGCGGCGGCGGUGGCUGCGGGGGUGGCACCGAGGACGAUGAUGUCUCAGACACCUUCUCUUCGUCGUCAGCGCCGCUGGGCUUCAAGGAGACACGCGCGCCCCGGCCACUGCGCUCCACAUCGCUGCGCGGUCACCACUACAGCCCCACACCCUGGCCGCUGAGGCCCAGUAGUUCGGAGGAGACGUGCAUCCGCGUGGAGGUACGCGUCAAAGCGCUGGUGCACUCGGCUGGGCCUGGGCUGGGCCCCCAGCUCAACGGGCUGCGCAAGGACCUGACCGAGCUCCAGCAGCCCGAGGCCGUUGGCGGAGGCAGCAGCGGCCCCAAGAGCCCCGGAGGCGGCGCGCCUGGGGAGCUGCGCCUGCCUGUGCCCGUCCCCGUGGUCCUGGGCCUGGUGCCCCGCGACUACCUGCCCUACGCCGUGCCUUUGGACGCCUGCUGCCUGGAUGCCGCUUCGCCCAUGGAGGUGUCGGCCGCGCUGCCCCCGCCGGGCCCCGGAGAUCCUUUCCCCGAUGAUGAGGCCCCCAUGGAGCCUGACGCCCUGGUGCUGGGGCCUUCUCCUGAGCUUUUCGUGGACCCGGCAGGCAGUAGCCUGCUCAUGGGCCCGGUGGCCGCCCCGCUUGCCCGGGACCCAGACCCGGAGCGGGACGCUCCUGUCGGCGAGGACACCGUGCCAUUGCUGCCACCGCCGCUGUCGCCCUUGCUCCCUCCUCUGCAGCCCCAUGCGCUUCGCCGGCACCUGGGCGGCCUGGGCGGGCCCGAUGGUGGCCGCUGCCCCUGGCCCUUCGACCCCGGUUCGGCCCCCGGCGUGGUGGCGCGUGCCUGCGACUCGGGGCCCGCGGCCUUGAGCAGCCUGACAGAGGAGCUGAAGCAGCUGGCACGCCAGGGCUGGUACUGGGGCCCCAUCACGCGCUGGGAGGCCGAGGCCAAGCUGGGCCGUGCUCCAGACGGCGCCUUCCUGGUGCGUGACAGCUCUGACGACCGCUACCUGCUCAGCCUGAGCUUCCGCUCGCACGGCAAGACGCUGCACACGCGCAUCGAGCACUCCAACGGCCGCUUCAGCUUCUACGAGCAGCCCGACGUGGAGGGCCAUACGUCCAUCGUGGAGCUCAUCGAGCACUCAGUGCGCGACUCGGAGAAUGGGGCCUUCUGCUACUCGCGCUCGCGCCUGCCCGGCUCGGCCACCUACCCGGUGCGCCUCACCCACCCUGUGUCACGCUUCAUGCAGGUGCGCUCGCUCCAGUACCUUUGCCGCUUCGUCAUCCGCCAGUACACCCGCAUCGACCUCAUCCAGAAGCUGCCUUUGCCCAACAAGAUGAAGGACUACCUGCAGGAGAAGCACUACUGAGCGAGUGGCUGGCUCGAGUGAGCGAGCGAGGAGUGGAAAGG